UUUAAAUUCCUUAGUCCUUGAUCUGGAUUAUCCAGCACUGAGGAAGAACAAAAACAUAGAUAAUUUCCUUAACAGAUAUGAAAAAAUUGUACAAAAAAUUCGUGAUCUUCAAAUGAAAGUGGAAGAUUAUGAUGUUGUUAAAGUGAUUGGAAGAGGUGCAUUUGGUGAAGUACAGCUGGUUCGCCAUAAAAUAACGCAGAAAGCCUAUGCCAUGAAGCUGCUAAGUAAAUUUGAGAUGCUCAAAAGGUCAGAUUCAGCUUUCUUCUGGGAAGAGAGAGAUAUAAUGGCCUUUGCCAACAGUCCAUGGGUAGUUCAGCUUUUUAGUGCCUUUCAAGAUGACCGAUACCUAUACAUGGUAAUGGAAUACAUGCCAGGUGGUGAUCUUGUCAACCUCAUGAGCAAUUAUGAUGUGCCUGAGAAGUGGGCCAAAUUUUACACAGCUGAAGUGGUCCUUGCUCUCGAUGCAAUUCAUUCCAUGGGCUUGAUACACAGAGAUGUGAAACCUGAUAACAUGCUUUUGGAUAAAUACGGACAUCUGAAGCUUGCAGAUUUUGGUACUUGUAUGAAAAUGGAUGACACUGGCAUGGUGCGUUGUGAUACAGCUGUUGGAACACCAGAUUAUAUAUCACCUGAAGUAUUAAAAUCACAAGGCGGUGAUGGAUAUUAUGGACGGGAAUGUGAUUGGUGGUCUGUCGGAGUUUUUCUGUUUGAAAUGCUUGUUGGAGAUACUCCGUUUUAUGCUGAUUCGUUGGUGGGAACAUACAGUAAAAUAAUGGAUCACAAGAACUCACUGCAUUUCCCAGAAGAUGUAGAAAUUUCAAAGCAGGCAAAGGACCUCAUCUGUGCUUUUUUAACAGACAGGGAGGUGCGGCUAGGGAGGAAUGGAGUAGAAGAAAUUAAAUCUCAUCUAUUCUUUAAGAAUGACCAGUGGGAUUGGAAUAACAUUCGAGACACUGCUGCACCAGUUGUACCUGAGCUGAGCAGUGACAUAGAUAGCAGCAAUUUUGAUGAUAUUGAAGAUGACAAAGGAGAUGUUGAAACCUUUCCAGUCCCAAAAGCAUUUGUUGGAAACCAACUGCCUUUCAUUGGAUUUACUUACUUUAGAGAGAACCUGUUGCUAAGUGACUUUCCUGAGCUCAAUAAGAAACUUGAACCCUGUAAGAACAAUGGGACAAAGAAAAAUGAAUUUAGGAAAAAUGAGGAUGAUGAAGAGCUUAUACAAUUUCAGGAAAAAAUAAACAAAUUAGAAGAUCAGCUCCGUAAUGAAAUACAAACCAAAGAUGACCUCGAGCAAAAAUACAGAGCUAUCAAUAAUCGUCUAGAGAAAAUAAUGAAGGAAUUGGAUGAGGAGACAUCUUCAAGGAAACAUCUAGAAUCUUCAUUCAGACAGUUGGAAAGGGAAAAGGCUCUUCUUCAGCAUAAGAAUGCAGAAUAUCAGCGAAAAGCAGAACAUGAAGCAGAUCGAAAACGCAAUCUAGAAAAUGACGUGAACAGUUUAAAGGAUCAACUUGAGGAUAUGAAAAAGAGGAAUCAAAACUCCCAAAUAUCAAAUGAAAAAAUUACUCAGCUACAAAGACAGCUGGAUGAAGCCAAUGCCUUGCUGCGGACAGAAUCUGAUACAGCAGCCAGGUUGAGAAAGAACCAAACAGAAAGUACAAAGCAAAUUCAGCAGCUAGAAGCUAACAACAGAGAUCUGCAGGAUAAAAACUGUGCCUUAGAGAAUACUAAGCUCCGACUGGAGAAGGAAUUUCUGAAUCUGCAGUCAGCUCUAGAAUCUGAAAGAAGAGAUCGGACUCAUGGGUCAGAAAUUAUCCAUGACCUACAGGGCCGAGUGCUUAAUUUGGAAGAAGAAGUAAAAAAUGGGAAGAAUACACUAGCUAAAAUGGAGGCAGAGAAAAGACAAUUACAGGAUAAGUUGACGGACCUGGAAAAGGAGAAGAGCAACAUGGAAAUAGAUAUGACUUACAAGCUUAAAGUCAUGCAGCAAAACCUGGAGCAAGAAGAGGUUGAACAUAAAGCAACAAAAGCCCGACUAGCAGACAAAAACAAAAUAUAUAAAUCAAUUGAGGAAGCUAAGUCUGAAGCUAUGAAAGAAAUGGAAAAGAAACUUUCAGAAGAAAGAGCUACAAAGCAAAAAGUAGAAAACUGCUUACUGGAAGUUGAAAAACGGUGUUCUAUGUUGGACUGUGAUCUGAAGCAAUCCCAGCAGAAAAUAAAUGAGCUGCUUAAGCAGAAAGAUAAACUAAGUGAAGAUGUGGAAAACCUGACUCUGAAAAUUGAACAAGAAACGCAAAAACGCUGCCUCAUCCAGAAUGAUUUCAAAAUGCAAACCCAGCAAUUGAAUGCAUUGAAGGUGUCAGAGAAGCAGCUAAAGCAAGAAAGUAACCAUCUUAUUGAAAUUAAACUAAGCCUAGAAAAGCAAAAUAAUGAGCUCCGCAAAGAGCGUCAAGAUGCAGAUGGGCAGAUGAAAGAAAUUCAAGACCAACUUGAAGCAGAACAAUAUUUUUCGACGUUGUAUAAAACACAAGUUCGGGAACUUAAAGAAGAAUGUGAAGAAAAGGCCAAGCUGUGUAAAGAAAUACAACAAAAGAUACAAGAGUUACAAGAAGAGAGGGAUUCCUUGGCAGCACAACUGGAGAUCACGUUAACAAAAGCAGAUUCCGAACAGUUGGCUCGCUCCAUUGCUGAGGAACAGUAUUCUGACCUGGAAAAAGAGAAGAUCAUGAAAGAACUGGAGAUCAAAGAAAUGAUGGCAAGGCACAAACAGGAGCUUGCUGAAAAAGAUGCCACGAUAGGAUCAUUGGAAGAAGCAAAUAGAACUUUGACUAGUGAUGUGGCAAACCUUGCAAAUGAAAAGGAAGAGCUGAAUAACAAGCUGAAGGAAAUUCAAGAAAGGCUAGCCCAUCUGAAUGAAGAAGAAAAUGAUCUUGGAUUGCUAAGGACUCAGUUUGAAAAACAGCUGGCUUAUGAGAGAACAAUGAAAACACAGGCUGUGAAUAAGUUGGCAGAAGUAAUGAAUCGAAAAAAUCCCAUCCAGCGAGGAGCUGACACAGAUGUCCGAAGAAAAGAAAAGGAGAACAGGAAACUGCAUAUGGAGUUGAAAACCGAACGGGAAAAAUUAACUCAGAUGAUGAUUAAAUAUCAGAAAGAAAUCAAUGAAAUGCAAGCUCAAAUAGCAGAAGAGAGCCAGAUACGAAUUGAACUACAAAUGGCUCUGGACAGCAAAGAUAGCGACAUAGAACAGCUUCGGUCCCAGCUCCAAACAAUACAUAUUGGCCUAGACAACAGCAGCAUAUGUGGCCCUAGUGAAGUAGAAACGGAUGAUGGUUUCCCUGUUCGUAUCACUCAGUCCCACACUUCAGAAUCUAUGUCUUUUACCUACCAACGCUCUUCCACCUCUGUCAGUAUUGCUACUAAACCUUCCAGCUCUUGUGUGUUUCUCAAUUCUGACUCUGAUUCUGACUCUGAGGAAGAAGCAGUGUCCUCUCCACAAGUCCCUUCAGAACCUGACGAUCCAGAGUCACGACUUGAAGGAUGGCUAUCGUUGCCGGCUAGAAAUAACACAAAGAAAUUUGGUUGGGUAAAAAAGUAUACAAUAGUCAGCAGCAAGAAGAUACUAUUCUAUCAUAAUGAACAAGAUAAAGAACAAUCCAACCCAUAUAUGGUACUGGACAUAGACAAACUCUUCCAUGUUCGACCUGUCACACAAACGGAUGUGUACAGAGCAGAUUCUAAAGAUAUUCCCAGGAUUUUCCAGAUCCUCUACGAUAAUGAAGGAGAAAGUAAAAAAGAACAAGAGUUUCCUGCAGAGUCAUCAGGGGAAAAAUCAAAUUAUAUUUGCCACAAAGGACAUGAGUUUAUACCCACCCUUUAUCAUUUUCCAACCAACUGUGAAGCUUGCAUGAAGCCUUUGUGGAACAUGUUCAAACCUCCUCCUGCUCUUGAAUGUCGCCGUUGCCAUAUCAAAUGCCAUAAAGAUCACAUGGAUAAAAAAGAAGAAAUAAUAGCACCUUGCAAAGUGAAUUAUGAUAUUUCAACUGCAAAGAAUCUAUUACUAUUAGCCAAUUCUACAGACGAGCAGCAAAAAUGGGUGAACCGUCUAGGGAAAAAAAUUCCCAAAAAGCCUCCAGCUCCAGAUCCUUUUGCACGAUCUUCACCCAGAACUUCUAUGAAGGUCCAGCCAGGCCAGUCUCUCAGGCGACCAAGCAAACAGCUUCCACCAAAUAAAAAAGAAGGCUUUCCUCCAAGGUAA